AAAAAAAAAAAAAAAACACGACCAUGUCGUAUUCUGAUUAUGGCGAUAACGACCCAAUCUAUGGUGAUGAUUUGGCAGAUGAGGAUCGCGAGUCGCGGCCAAGACUUAUGCUGAUGGGAUUAAGGCGGAGUGGAAAGUCGAGUAUCCAACGCGUCGUUUUCCACAAGAUGUCACCUACAGAAACUUUGUUCUUGGAAAGCACCUCAAAGAUCAAUAAGGACAAUAUUCAUUCAUUCAUAGACUUUCAAGUUUGGGAUUUUCCUGGCCAAAUGGACUUUUUCGACCCUACUUUCGAUACAACAGCUAUCUUUGGGGAAGUUGGCGCAUUGGUUUUCGUUAUUGACUCUCAAGACGACUAUAUGGAAGCAUUGGCAAAGCUACAUGCGACUGUUGUAGCAGCCUACCGUGUCAACCCCAGCAUUACAUUUGAAGUCUUUAUCCACAAAGUUGAUGGUCUAUCCGAAGAUUACAAAAUUGAUACACAAAGAGAUAUUCAACAGACGACAACAGAUGAAUUGGCUGAUGCUGGCCUGGAGAAUGUCCAAUUGGCAUUUUACUUGACGUCCAUUUACGACCAUUCGAUCUUUGAGGCAUUCUCUAAAGUUAUCCAGAAACUCAUCCCACAGUUACCCACCCUCGAAAACCUAUUAAACAUUCUCUGUGCGAAUUCAGGGAUUGAAAAGGCAUUUUUGUUUGAUGUGAUCUCCAAAAUUUACAUUGCUACAGACUCAUCACCUGUGGACUCCCAGUCUUAUGAGAUUUGUAGCGAUAUGAUUGAUGAUGGUCAUAAUGACUAUGAGAGUUCGAACGGAAGACAGGGCAACAAUCACCAACAGAUCAGUGGCAAUGAUUCAAGCUCACAGGCUGUUGCUAGUAUCAGUAGUCGUGCGGGGUCACUGAAUAACCAACCAACACAGCAAACAAGUGGAAACCAUGAGGCUUUCUCUGUGAUCAAGAUGGGUAAUGGCACGGUGCUGUACUUGCGGGAGGUGAACAAGUACCUAGCUUUGAUCUGUUUGUUGAGGGCAGAGACAUUUGAGAAGCAAGGAUUGAUCGACUACAAUGUACAGUGCUUCAAAGAGGCAAUGGACCAGGUGUUUGAACUUAAGAGGGCAGAGCGUACAAGACGAGAGAUGGAGAAUCAACUGAUGCAACAACAACAGCAACAGCAACAGCAACAACAACAUAACGGCAUGUAUGGACAUGGUUGA